AUGAAAACGAUUGCACUGAUUAAUGGGAAUGUGCAUCUAUAUGUAAUGCAUCUAGUGUUGAGGGAAAAACAAAUACUACCUAUUGAAAACAAUGUAGGUCCCAAUGGUGUAGAAGACGAGAAGUUGGAAGAUGACAUGUUGGAUGAAUUGGAUAAUGCUACUGUAAUAGGAACUUUUGAUGACUUGGGAACCAUUGAAGAUUUGAAUAAUCUAGGUAACAAAUUCGAUGAAGGAGGGCCCACUGGUGUAGAAUAUUAA